UGAGUUAAACACUAACGUAACGGUAACUAUAUAUUCCGUUCACGCAACACGUGACUUCCUUUCCGGUCUGACCUGACAACAUGGACGCCAGCCGCGUGCAGCCGAUCAAGCUCGCAAGAGUCACUAAGGUGCUUGGAAGAACUGGUUCCCAGGGACAAUGUACACAGGUCCGUGUUGAGUUCAUGGACGACAGCAACCGCUCCAUCAUCAGGAACGUGAAGGGCCCAGUCAGAGAAGGAGAUGUGCUGACACUCCUGGAGUCUGAAAGAGAAGCCAGGAGGCUGCGAUAGGUGCCACUGAAGCUGAGAAGCAGCCGAUGCCACCAGUACCACCUGCUGUGGACUACAUCAUGUUUUCAGAUGUUUUGAAAUAAAGUUGGUUAAGAAGAUGAA